AUGAUUCAUCAGAAAGAUAAAAAAUUUCUGGUCAUCACGCAAGAUUCCAUUCUCCCUCCUUCAAAUCCCUACUUAUUUGGCAUGUAUAAACAGCAAGAGCUAUGAUCAGGAUUAUUCACCACAUUAUUUCAAAGCAUAAAGAAAUUUUGAACGCUUAUUUGGAUUGCAACAAACUUGGCAAAUGUUUACAAAAAAUGGCAAAAGUUUUUUCAAUCAUGCUUAGAUAAGGCAAAAAUGACUGAUUUGCCGAUUCCUCUAAGCCUCAAGCAGCUAAAAUUGAAUUUUCAUUAA